AAAAAACAUUGCCAAAAUAGCACAGAACCUUGGCUGGAGGCGGCGGCAGGGCGAAUCUCCGCAGUCUCAGAUAACCCCAAGCUUCCCACCAUCCCUUUCCCCACUCCCCCGUCCUCCUUCGCCAAGAGCCAAACUCCUAGCUAGCUCGCUUGCUCGCUCCAGAAGCUUCCCCUCGCCUCCCUCCUCCUAGAUCUCUCAUUCUCUCCCGGCCGCGGCCGAUCUGGCGAUGGCGACGAAGGCGAGGCUCGGGGAGCUAAUGUGGGAGCACCGGUUGCAGGCGGCGGCCGCGGUGGCGUUCGUGGCCGCUGCCACCGUCUCGAUCUCCGCCGUCGGGCUCAGGCUCGGCGCCGUGGUCUCCUUCUUCUGGCCGCUGCUCGUCUCCACGGGCUUCUUCCUCGUGGCGGUCGCUGUGCUGCUCCGGAUCUCGCCGCCGCCCGCGGGCGCCGACGAGUCCGGCAAGGAGCUCAUCGACUUUGUCGCCGGGUGCCGCCCAGAGCACCUCGUCCCGGAGUUGGCCGCAGCCGCGGCCUCCGUGGAGGCGCCGCCGGAGCCAGAGAUCUAGCGGACGGCCGGAGGAGGAGCCAAGGAGGUUGGCGCGGCCGAGCUGCGGUGCGUGGCGUGGGUGCUUCGUCGCCGGGGGGCAUUUCGAAUGGGACGGUGGGGAUAACCUGUACAGGCCCACCUGUAAGUGGCGGGCGGCCCCGGCCGGCGCACGUACGCCGCUCAGUAGCGUAGGAUUCCUCCAUGUCUCCCUGGUCAAUAAUACCGUGGAAUUCAAUAAUAAAUCAUCGAGAGGUGAAGAACUUCAA